CGCAGCGCAGCGGCGGCGGGAGCCGGGGAGGGCGCCGAGCGGGCCAUGGGCAAGUCAGCUUCCAAGCAGUUUAAUAAUGAGGUCCUGAAGGCCCACAACGAGUACCGGCAGCAGCAUGGCGUCCCCCCACUGAAGCUCUGCAAGAAGCUCAACCGGGAGGCUCAGCAGUAUUCAGAGGCCCUGGCCAGCACAAGGAUCCUCAAGCACAGCCCGGAGUCCAGUCGUGGCCAGUGUGGAGAGAACCUGGCAUGGGCCUCCUAUGAUCAGACAGGAAAGGAGGUGGCUGAUCGAUGGUACAGUGAAAUCAAGAACUACAACUUCCAGCAGCCUGGCUUCACCUCCGGGACUGGACACUUCACAGCCAUGGUGUGGAAGAAUACAAAGAAGAUGGGAGUGGGGAAGGCAUCUGCAAGUGACGGGUCUUCCUUCGUGGUGGCCCGAUACUUCCCAGCAGGGAAUGUCGUCAACCAGGGCUUCUUCGAAGAAAAUGUCCUGCCUCCAAAGAAGUAAUUCAUUAAAUGUAAUGGGAAUGUGGCAGACUUAACAUGGAUACGAAGUGCCUAGAACAACAAAAACUCAGCUGUGUGUCUGUCCCUGUGGGUGUAUGUGCUUGUGUGUGUGAUGCAUGUGAGUGUCUCUUGCACACGCACUUGGAUAUACAGUUCUGCAUGAACUUAUUCUUAUCAAAAGGAAUGAGCCUAUGAAGACUUUACCCUGAUGGUUCCCUAGACCACAAUUAUUUGGACGUAGGGGGGAAAGAAUCAAUUUUAAAACUUUUUUUUUAAGCAAACUUCUUUUGUACAUUUCUUAUAAUAUCCAUCCCUGGUCUUUUUCUAUUCUAAACGUUCGUGAUGCUUCGAGGUGAAGUUCAUUUUAUGUGAUCUUCAUGCAUUGUAAUCUACUUUUGGUAGAUAUUUAAGAUUAUUAAACUCUCAUCUAAAUGGAACAUAAAACAGCUUUAAACACGUAAAUAUAAAGCAGCUUCCAUUGGAAACAUGGGACAGGCAGGAAUUGCAUUUCACAAAAUGAUCGGGAUUUCUCAGUUGUAAGACAUGAUGUCAUCUGCAUGCCUCCUGGAAUUCUCUAAUGGGAAUGCCAAAGAACAAAUGGAGAGAAAAGUUGCACUUCCUUGCAUUUUCUAUCUUUAAAUAGCAAACUACCACUACUACCACCGCCCUUGGCCCCCUCCCACCUUUUUUCUUAAAAUCCUCUGGCAUCUCAGGGCUCGGUAUGUGCCUCCUGGUUUCUGGGGCCUGGGUCUGAAAGUCACCCUUCCCCC